AUGUUUUCCCACCGCGACGCCAACGGCGCCACUCCACAUCGAGACCAGUCUGUCCCCGAAAAAGCGGUGGAAGAGGAGGAUGAGGAGACCACUCCUGUCAAGGUCAAGGCCGGAAGCCUCUCGGCACAGGUCUCCCGCGCCGACUCCAUCCCGUCGUCGUCGAAGAAAGACAAGCGCGAGGAUUCGCAGCCGGUCGCGCCCAAGCGCUUCUGGAUCGACGAAAGCGGCGAGCACCAUCAUUUCCUCAAGAGCGCCAAGCGCCAGGAAAAGCUGACGCACAUGGUUCGCGAUUUCUUGGGUGCGAAGAAAAAGGAGCAGGCCGACGAGCAACAGCUGUCGCUCAUGUCCAACUGGGUAGAUCAGAUCAAAAUCGAAAAGGAGCGGCACGCAAAGGAGAAGAACGGGGGCCCCAACGCCACGGCAUCGCUGGUGCAAAAAUACGGAAAGUGCCAGGAGAUAGUAGGCCGCGGCGCUUUCGGUAUCGUGCGCAUAGCCCACAAGGCCGACCCGAACGACUCAAAGCACGAGCAGCUCUACGCCGUCAAGGAGUUCCGUCGACGCCCACAAGAGGACUCGAAGAAGUACGGCAAGCGCCUCAACUCCGAGUUCUGCAUUUCCUCCUCCCUCCGCCACCCCAAUGUCAUCCACACUCUGGAUCUGCUGCAGGACGCCAAGGGCGACUUCUGCGAGGUCAUGGAAUACUGUGCCGGCGGCGACCUCUACUCCCUCGUCCUUGCCAACGGGAAACUCGAAGUCGCCGAAGCCGACUGCUACUUCCUGCAGCUGAUGCGAGGCGUGGAAUAUAUCCACGAAAUGGGCGUUGCUCACCGCGACCUCAAGCCCGAGAACCUGCUUCUGACGACCCACGGAGCACUGAAGAUUACGGAUUUCGGAAACGGCGAAUGCUUCCGCAUGGCCUGGGAGACCGAGGCGCACAUGACCGCCGGCUUGUGCGGCAGCGCGCCGUACAUUGCUCCCGAGGAAUACACCGACAAGGAGUUCGAUCCGCGCGCCGUCGACGUAUGGGCAUGUGGCGUGAUUUACAUGGCCAUGCGGACUGGGCGGCAUCUAUGGCGCGUGGCCAAGAAGGACGAAGACGAAUUUUACGACAAUUAUAUUCGUGGGCGGAAGAGUGAAGAGGGCUAUGCGCCCAUUGAGACGUUGCAUCGAGCUCGGUGUCGAAACGUCAUCUACAGCAUCCUAGAUCCCAACGCCGGCCGCCGCAUAAGUGCCCACCAAGUCCUCAAUUCCGAAUGGGGCAAGGGCAUCAAGAUGUGCAAGGCGGGCGAGGAAGGGCUGUAA